AUGUAUUCGACUCUAUCUACAAGUUCAAGCAAUACCCAGCGUUUUUUUUUGCGGUUGAUUUUCUUGGGAAAUGUUGGCUUGGCAAAGAUUUGCUUGGCGGACAAGAACUACCAAAGUUCUUCUAAUCUGAGAGAGAAAAAAUCAACAUUUCCAGAGUUUACUUGGUGGAAAUUUAUAGUUCAAGAAGAACAUGCUCACAAGGUCAGACAAAUGAUUGGAUUAAUUAUAGCUGUGAGAAUUUGUUUUACUGAGAAUACAACUGAAAAGAGAUUUUCGGGUGGAACAAUAUCAAUUUUAUUGGUACUUAAUCGAUAUUCAGCCACCUCACAAAUUUUCAGUAUAAUUUGUUGGGAUUGUUACAAAUAUUUUAAGCAUCUUUUGCAGCUAAAUUUAAAUGCUUUUGUAAAACCUACUCUCAAAAUGUCAUAA